UGCUCUAUUCGUAUUCAUACCUUCAACGAGAGCGGACUGUGUGUUUCGGACGCAACGCGCUGCUAUUCUGUUCCGUUGGCGCGUCGUCGCUGGUGUCGUCGUCGUCGUCGUGUGUUUUGUUCGUUGCGUUGUUUAUUAACUUUUUAUGUACUAUAUUUACUACGUUUGCCAUUCCACCUACCUACGUGUUCUGUUCUUUGCAUUUUACGCGCCGCUUUUCGACACAUUUCGCCACGCUCGCGGCUCCGCUGCUCCAUUUGCCACCUGUACAAGACGGGGGGAGGUACGGAAUUCGACCAUACCCCACUACCAUCAUAACACCCCCCUUGAAGCGUGGUUGUCAAUGCCGGCUCACUAAGUGUAUUUGUGUGUGUGUGUGAGUUGUUGCAUUUGGUGUAUUUUUUGUGCUGACGUUUAAAUAUCAUAUCUAAUACGUGCAAAAGAGAAAGAAAAGUGUUUUUCCAUGAGUGUGGAAGAGGAGAGAAUUCCAUUGCGUUCUUAUCAGCGAAUAUCGUGUAUACGACGGGUGUUACCUUGAGGUGCAAAAAAAAAAGGUAGCAAAACAGCAGGGCGCUGCCUCCCACUACCCACAACCCACUCCCAUUCGAAUCCCCCUCUUAAGUGCGUGGCCGAAUAUUAAUUGAAAGCAUGUGAAAUUAACAGCGCAAAAGCUAUAGCCGAACAACCGUUACUAUUCCAAUUAUAUUGCAAGUUACAAGACGGGGAGGUACAAAAACAAAAUAAUCAAGCGAAACAGCAGAGACACAAAAAAAAAAAUAACCCCACAACAACAACAACUGAAGCAGAAGCAGCAGCAGCAGGCAGAACGUUUAAGUGAGCAGCGACUGCGCUGCGCAGCGCUGCAGCAGAGGCCGAGGCAAAGGCAGCGAAAAUAGCAUGAAAAUGUCGAAAAACUGUUGAGCAGCCCUCAGCAUGCAAGCGGCGAUGGACACGGCCGCCAUGGCCAUUGCCGUGGGCGUGGGUGGUUCCUCCAGCUCCAGCUCUGGACCGGGGAGCAGCAGCAGCAGCGGCAGCAGCAGCAGCAGCGGCUAUGGCAGUGCCACGACCACGCCCACAACGCCACUGGGCAGCGGUGGAGGAGGAGGCGGAGGAGGAGGAGGACACUAUGAAGCCUCGCCAACAUCAAUGCCAAUGGCGACGAUAGCCACAGUGGCGCCGUUCUACAGCGAGGCACUCACCUCAUUGGAUGCACAGCAGCGGCAGCAGCAGCAGCAGCAACACCAGCAGCAACAGCAGCAGCAGCAGCAGCAGAAUCAAUCGCAUUUUUAUCACCAGAACUACGGCUAUGGGAAUAGUCUGUCCUUGAGCUCGCCUCUGGAUGCGGCAGCCUACAAUGCGUACAGUGGGGCGUACAAUGCGUACGGCAGCGGGGCACCCACUGGGAGCAGCAGCAGCAGCAGCAGCUAUCAGGGCGGGGCACGCUACGAGAAGCUGGCACCAAGUUCGGGCUCCAAGUACAGCGGCGGAAGUGCAGCCAUCGGUGGAGGUGGAGCAGCAGCGGGCGGCGGAGUAGGAGUGGGAAUGAAGCCACAGGCUGCUGCCACGCCCUUCUAUGCGCAACCCUUGGGACAGGCAGGCAGCACCGCAGGCGGAGGCGGUGCAGCAGGCUACAUGAUGAACACGAAUCAUCCCUACGAUCCGUACAAGUACAAGAUGCCCGGCCAAGCGGCAGCGCCGCCGCAGACGCACCAAACGAUGGUGCAAGCGUCCAACCAGACGACGGCAGCCGCGGUGCAGCCUCAGUACGGCCAUGGACUGGCCAUGAAUCCCAGCCAGAAGCAGCAGCAGCAGCAGCACCAGCACCACCAGGCGCAGCAGCAGCAGCAGCAACAGUUCACGCAGCUGGAGGCCAACUAUGCGGCCAUCAAGCCGAGCAGUCGCUACCAGAGCAUGCCACCGUCUCAAGUGCCGUACGGAACGCCGCCAGGGGCAGCCUCCGCCGCCGUAGUCAUGCCAGGCAAUGCCACAGCCACGCCCUACUACGACAAGUACGGCGUCAUGGCCAUGCCGGCCAUGUACUCCGCCAACGGGGGGGGACUGCCGCCGAUGUACACGCCGCCGGAACUGGAUUCGGCGUACCGCAAGUCGGGCAGCAGCUGCCACUGGAGCGUGGACUACAAUGCCGCCAAUUGUCGAUCUCUGGCGCCAGUGGCUCCAGCGCCCAGCAGCUCCUACCAUCAUCCGCAUCCAGGCGGAGGCGGAGGAGCAGCGCCAGGAGCACUCGCCCUGCCACCCAGCAAUGAGAUCUACUUCGGAGCGGGAAAGUACGACAAGUACGGCAAUCCGGCGACGCCGUAUGCCAGCAAUCCGUAUCCCGCGGGCAUGGGCCAGCCGCCGUAUGGCGGCCCAGCCGCACGGAACAUGUGGUCGGUGGCGGAGAAUCCCGCUCAGCCCAAUCCCCGCCAGAAUUGCUGCUCGCAGGCGGCCUAUCCGCAGCAGAGUUGCUACUAUCCGAGGAGCAAUGUGCCGCCAGGACCACCGCCACAGCAGCAGCAGCAGCAGCAACAGCAGCAGCCGCAGCCGCAGUACGCGGGCAGUGGCGCCACGAAGCUGAAGCAUCCGCUGACCUCUGACCUCUACGCCAGCUACGACACAGCCCCACCGCCCACGCAGCUGGGCUACGGCUACGGAACGGGUCAGCAGGUGGGCGGCGGAGCCUCGGCCACCAACAUCAGCCCCAAUCAGCGAUAUGUGGCGGCGCCACCCCUGAACAUGGGAAUGGGCAUGGGGAUGGGAAUGGGGAUGAGCAUGGGCAUGGGAAUGGGCAUGGGCAUGGGCAUGGGAAUGGAUCCGAGCAUCAGCAUGAGCGGUGGAGGCGGCGGCGGCAACUACUACAACGAUCUCAAUCUAAAUCUGAACAGCCUGGAGAGCUACGUGCCACAGGUGCCGCCGCCGCAGAUGCAGCCACAGCAGACGCAUCGCGGCCCCUACCAGGAGUACCGCAAGCGAUCGGGCAUGGUGUCCGCCUCCUCGUCGGCAGCGGGCAACUGCUACCUGGGACAGCAGGGAGGCAGUGCUGCGGGACCACUGGGCGGAGCACUGACCAAUCUGGAGGCGCAUGUGGACAGCUAUGUGGGCUACAGUCUGCAUGCCACAGCCUCCAAUUCGCACUUCGGCAUGGAGCCCGCAAAGACGUCCCCGCAGACGUGCAACAUACGCGAUUUUCUGGCCACGUGGAACGACGAUGAGGAUGAGGCCGCCGCGGAACCACAGGCCACAGCCACAGCCACAGCAGUGGCAUUGGUGGCACCGACUGUGCCAACACCGAAUUUCAUGUACGAAUCUCUGGCACCGAGUGGACCGCAGGCCACCGCUGUGACGGUGGAUCAUCAGGCGGCGGCUAUCAAUCUGCCGGACAUCAUUAUCGACAUUGAGAAGGCUUCGAAUGGGACGGGCAUCGUCGUGCCAUCGGGCGUGGUGGACAGCUUUGGCAGCUUCGAUGUGGAAAAGGAGCUGGACGAGUUGCGCCUCAAGACGAGCGUCUCCGCGGAGCAGUGUCCCGCGGAGAACGAUGCCCUGGCGGAGAUUCUACGCGUGGAACAGCCAACCGCUACCGCUGCUCCCGCUGCUGUUGCUCCUGCUGCUGUUGCUGUUGCCACUGUGGCAGCUCUAGAGCUAGCUCUGCCCAGUCCCAUUCUGCAGAGCGAAGCAGGCAGCAUCCAGGCAGCGGUGGAGACAGCCCCAGCCACACUGGACUUUGACACGAACAACAGCUCCAAUUCGAAUGAGUCGACCUUUGCCAAGGAGUACGAGACAUUCAUACACAAGAUCGAGGGCAGCGAGAGCGAAACGGAGGAGACAAAUAAUGCCCAGGACAACGGCGAAUAUCGGGAGCAUGCAAAGCGCUUCAAGUUCUACAAGAGAAAGCGCAAGAACACGGAACCACUGGAGCAGCAGCAGCAGCAACCAGGGGAAGAGCAACAGCAGCAACCAGGAGAAGAGCAACAGCAGCAGCAGCAGCAGCCGCAAGAGCUACAUCCACAGCAGGAGCAGCAGCAGCAGGAGCCUGUUGCGCCCAGUCCAAUGGCAGUUACGCUCUCCCCACAGAAGUUGCUCGCACGCCGGCGUCGCAAUCGCAUCAAGAUGCUUAAGAUCCUGGAAUUCGAGAGUCCGAAACUCAAGUACCGCCACUACUUCAAGGCCCUGAAGCUGCUGCGCAGGCGCUACGCCAGCAGCAGAGCGCGCGAGCAGCGCAGUGCGCUGAUGCGACGACACUUGGCACUGCGCAAGGAGCGUCGCCUGCCGCCCAUCAAGCGACUGAUCAGGAAAUACGCCAAGGGAUCGGCGGCCGCAGCGCAGCUGUACAAUCCGCCGAGCCUCAAGGGUCUGAGUGUUUCCGCUCUGAACACGAAGGCCUUUAGGAGCAGCCUGAUGCAGUCCUCGGGUCGGGAGACGGUCAUCAAGAGCGGCUACGGCCUACAGAAGAAGACUGAAGAGGAGAUCGAGGAUAGGGAUCUGCUGGCGGAGGAGGGGGCCGAAGAGGAGAACACCGUACAGUCCGUGGAUCUGUUGCCCCAUUUCAAGGGCUUCGAUGACAUUGAGAAUACGAAUCUGUCGCCGCAGGCCAAGCUGCGUGUGGAGCCCGAGGAGGCGGAGGAGCAGGUGCUGGCACAGUCAUCCGUGGCGGAGGUAUCCAAGGCCAAGGAGCGCGAGAUUCAGGCCUGGCUAAGGAACAACAGCAUGGAUGAGGAUGUGGAGGCGUUGUCUGUUCCGGAAGAGCCAAAAGCAAUGCCACUUGCUGUUCCAUCGCCAGCCCCAUCCUCCGCUUCCUCGUCAUCAGCGUCGAGCUCGAGCUCCAGCUCUAGUUCCAGCUCGGAGGAUGACAAGGAGUCAACGAGCAGCAGCAGCAGCAGCAGCAGCCAGGAGGAGGACACCUCGUCCAGCAGCAGCAGCAGCAGCGGCAGUUGCACCUCCGUGGCAGAGGCCGCUGAAACGGCAGAGGAGAGCGACUUCAAUGAGAUGGCCGCCCUGGAGCGAGAGCUCUCCCAAUCGCAGAUCCUGGAACCAGCAGCGAAACCAGCGGCCGCUAUCCUGGAGGCCCAGCAGCCAAUGUCGCUGGAGGCGCCACAGCUGCGUGUGGCAGCCAUCCACGAGGAGAUAUCCAACAAUGAUAUUGCCAAGCUGAAGCAGAUACUGGAGAGCGAUGGCGAGGAGCAGGCCACAGUUCGUAGCCAGGAUGAGAGCCCAAAACAAACACCAAACCAAUCCCCCAAGAAGUUCCCCUUCUCCUGCAGCGUACCAAAGCUAAGUGACCUUAGUAAAAUUGCCUUAAAUAGUUCCUUAAAAACUAGAGAAUUAGACAUAAGACCAAACGGGGAUCCAGUGGAAUCCCUGCCAGCCUUUGAGGAUCGUGAGGAAUCCCAGCAGCCGCCUUUGGAGGCCACCGAAGCCCAGCAGCCCCCUUUGCAAGCCCUCGAAUGCCAGCCACAGGCAGUGGAAGAGGAUUCGCUGCCUGGCACACCGCGUGAACUGAGCGUUGAGGAUGCCCUGGCGGAGAUGUAUCAACAAAUAGGCGUGGCCUCCGACCCUGAGGACUUUGAGGGCGACAAGGAUGCCGAGACAGAAGCGAAUGCGAAUGGACAGGACAUGCUGCUGAUCAAUCUGGCAGAGAUAUUCGAUACCAGCAGCGAUCUGUAUGUGGUGCAGUGCGACAUGAACGAGAACAUCCUGGGUGUGGUGGCCAGCGAGCAGGAAGAGGAGGCGCAACAGCAGCAGCAGCAGCAACAGCAGCAGAAUCGCAGCCAGGAGGAGGCUCUGCAACUCAUUCAACUGCUGGCCGAUCCACAGCCCGAGCUGAUACACCACGAGGAGAUCAUUCCCGACAGACAGACAGCAAUGCGGCAGCGUCGUCGUGAGUUCCUGAAGUAUCUGCAUGGAAAGUAUGCCCAGAGUCCCAUCGGUAGGUUCUACCAUGCCCAGCGGAUAGUCAGGAAGUACAGGCGCAGGAGCGGGGCAGCAGCAGCAGGAAGGCAGCAGCGGGAGUCCAGCUUCUACCAAAGAUAGAGAGAGAGGAUCACAUCAGAUCACAGAUCAGAGCAGAGAUCGCUUUAGCCCUGGGAGCCAUUGGGGCGUGACGGAAGCAUCAGGCGUGCCUAAAUGGAUACUAAUUUCGAUCCACACACACACACACACACACACAUAUAUAGUAAUAGAUACAUAUACGAGUAUGUAUCUGUUAGAUACACACACAUUUCUAGAAUCUCAAGACUUGGUUAUUUUUUUGGAUUUGCCUUAGGGACCGAUAGAACCGUUUACAUUUGAUAAUACUAGUAGCAGAAUAAUAGAAGAAGAAUAUAAUUUGUAUAGAAUAUUAAUAUUAAUAGGGAUAUUAGAUAUAGAUACACACAUAUACAUAUAUAUAUUUUUUGGAUAUCUGUGCAAUAUUUUUUACAUGGAAAAAUGUCGCGUUUCAAAUGCAUAAUUAUAAUAUCUGUAUCUGAAGUGCGCGUAUUCGAAUCUCGAUGUAUUUUUUAGGAUGAGUAAGCAAAGUUAAUCGUCGGGCUUAGAGAAUGAGAGCGGGUUAUUCGGUUCUGGCUUCGCGUGCAAUUAACAAGAGAUAUAUAUAUAUACAUAUAUAUAUAUCUGCUGUAUUUUAUCGGAUAAUGUAUCAGGCAUUUUAGCCACUCACUGAGCCACUGAGUGGUGAGCAAUUUUAAAACGCUUUUUGACCUCCAGAUUGAGGGACAUGCUCGGUGCCCCUAUCAUGACCAUAAAUGGGCCCUGCACUUGCGUGUUUGCCAGAACAGAACCCGAACCCCAACCUUGCCCCUCCCAGCCCCGCAGCUUAGCUUCUGUUUUGUUAUUCUGUUAGCAACCAAAAAUAUAUAUGCAGCUUAGACCAAAAACAAAAAAAACACAAUGUAGCAAAUGGAAACCAUAAAUCUGUUGGGUAUCGUUUUCGAACUGUUAGAUCUUAGCCCUUAAAGACUUGUUUUGUUUUUAGUGGAAUUGUUUGUUGGGUUCCUAGUUUCAGGAUCGUUAAGCUUUCAACUAAAACACUUUUACACACACACACACACAUUUUUAUUAGCCAGCAGUUUAGCAUAGGCAGCCUCCAAAACCAGAAGAAGCAUCUUUAAGUGCAACGAAUCUGGUGGAAAAAAUCGCAUUCGGAACGCUCAUUUACAUAAGAUGCGGAUGUGGAAAGUAACUCUUCAAGGGCACUGUUGCACGCAGACGUGCAUGCCAGACAGACAGAAAAAAAAAACAGACCGAAAGGCGCUGCUGCAUGACACGUUUAAGCAGCGGAAAUGUAUAAAAGUCUGCACAGUCUUUAUGUGGAUAUCGGCUGGCAAACUGCUGGCUCUAGUUAUAGCAUCUUAACACAACUAUGCAUCUAUCUUAUAGAGAUAGAUAGUAUCUAUUUAUCGAUUUGAAAAGUAAUCCACCUAGAUGUCUUUAUCUCUCUCUUGUAACACAUUCCAAAGGACCAAAACUUUACACCACUUAUACAAAAGUACACAUACCCAAAACUAACUAACUAAAUAAAUCGAACGUAUAUCUAGCCUCGUUUGUAAGUGCAUUCUAGAAACUUUUUAAUAUACAAUUAAAAUCGA